UCUCCCAUAUUUCCAAUAUGCUCCGUUUGCUUGAUCUCUAAAUUAAGUGAUAUUCUCUAAAUGCUAUAUAAUGGGGAUUUUAAAUUAAAUUAUUUAGAGAAUAUCAAACUUUAAAAUGGGCACUAGAUUAUGUUUGUGCACCGUUUUUCAGUUACUCCCUUGAUUCUAACUUCUGGAAUAAAUUGGAUCCCAACAACUAUAUCCAUCCUCUCAGAAGUUUGACUUGUACAUGCCACUUUGGUUUGGCCUAAAAUAAUUUAUCUUACUUUUAAAGGUAUGUCAUGCAUAUGCCUACCUGGUUACCAAUUAACCUCAAACAAAGGCAGAUUUUCCAUCACUUGCAAAAAAUGUCCUGAAUUAUCUCCAGCUGUAACACAAGAUGGAUGGAACUGUAUUAAAUGUUCCUCAAGUGCUGUUAUGGAUAAUAAUGGGAAAUGUCAAUGUCCAACAGGACAGGUUCUAGUGGAAAAGACUGUUUCUGGGAUACCUUUAACUGAAGCAAAAUGUGUUACCUGCAUUAUUAGCCAGCCUUUUUUUUCCACCCCAGAUGCUUCAGGAAACCAAUGCAUCAGAUGUCAUGAAACAUUCAUUAAUACCACACAAUCGUGUGACUGUCAGUCGAAUAUUUUGACUGGAGGAUUAUGCUUUCUUCAUCAACCUAAAGACUUGACCUCCUCAGUGGUUACAGAUGUUGUCUAUGAGCAAGGUUUCAAAGUUUCAUCUGCUUGGUUUGCCGCUCAUUUGAAAGCAUCAGCUAUUGCAUGCCUGAGAUUUGCAAAUCUUACUGCCUGUCAGGCAGUAGGGAAUAUGUGUGUCAUGAUCAUGAAUUCAAAGGACAUGGCAACAACUCCUAAUGAUGCUUGUACCCUUUAUCACACAAUAUUUAAGGAGACAAUAAGCUUAGGAAAUACCCAUUCAGUAUCUUCUUGGCGAAGGAAUCUGCCCUGGUUAUACUUUGAUAUUCAGUAUGGGUUUGGAUCUAGACUUAGCGAUCAAGAACCAUUUCAAACAAUAUUUCAUUUUAGCUCCACUAAACAUAUGGAAUUACAAUUUAUCCUUGCCAAAUAUGAUGCUCGUGGUUAUUUUCUUAAAUGGGAAAAAGUAACUGGAGGUACUUUGCAGUUGUGUCCUGAUACCAUAUCGAAGCUGAAUGCUGCUUAUAUUUUUGGAACCACAUAUCAACAAAGUUGUACACUUCCUGUUUCGAAACUUUUAUCCACAUAUGGUGAAACUUACUUUUAUGACAUUUACCUACUUUACAAAGGGGAGGAUGGUGAGGAUAAACUAAGAGCUAUCGCAGUUCGUAAUUUAAAUCUUCAAUAUAAUGGAAAAUUCGUAAAUCGAGAUGACAUGAUAAAUAGUUGGUAUUUAACCAGGCGUAUUUUCUUGGUGGAUACUCUAAGUGGUCGUGAAAGGAACAUAGAUAGCCAGCCAAGAGUGAUUAGAGUUGCUAGCCACUUAAGAAUCAGUGUAAUUCUUAUGCCCGAUACUCCACAAGGAAAGAUCUUUCCUCCUGUUAUAACAAUCUCUUACACAGAUGUGAAGAUACAAAAUCCAGAUCAACAAACUAUUUCAAUAUCUUUUUCUGUUGAAUAUCAAAUGGACUUGACUACAGCAUUUCAAAAUACGAAGAUUGCACUUGGUUUCUUGGCAGGCUUAUCAGCUUUAUAUUCAGUGGUAAAGACAGCCAGUUGGAAAAGACGAGUUGGAUCUCCGUUGAUUGAUAUUCCAACUGUUUUGAAGUUCAUACUGGUUUAUUUGGGAGACCUGGCAAACACCUUCUUUAUUGUGACAUUUGGAACGGGCCUUUACUGGCUUAUAUUUUUUAAGGGUCAAAGGGUUCUUUUUGUUUUUCUACCAACACCAAGUCAAGAGACCCACUUUAUUUAUUCUGUGGCGAGCGCAUUUUCAUUGAAGUUUCUUCAGCUAUUACACAAACUAGGAAACCAGUUAGCUGUCGACAUCUUUUUUAUUGACUGGGAGAGACCCAAAGGCAAGAUCAUCAAAUCUAUUGCAGGUGGAAGUGAUGUAAUAACUGCACCAGCUCCUGUGAGCAUCUGGAGAACAUAUUUUGUUGCAAAUGAAUGGAAUAAUAUUCAGACUAUCAGAAAAAUUAGUCCUGUUUUCCAAAUUCUUGCUGUUGUUUUUCUUUUGGAAGUUGUUGGUUUUGCAAAUCUAGCUACAAUGGAUCCUUAUACUAAAAUGAAUAACAUUUCCGAAAGCAAUGUUACACCACCCAGCCGUAUUCUGAGAUAUGGUGUAGCUACAACUGUUUGGCUAUCUGUCGGUCUUAUUCAGAUAAUUUUCUGCACAAGUUUUUAUGGACGAUUUGUGGAAGAUAGAAUAAGUCAGUUUAUUGAUGUCUGCUCAGUCAGUAAUAUAUCUGUUAUUAUUCUGUCACACAGAUGCUUUGGAUACUAUAUCCAUGGGAGGUCUGUACAUGGCCAUGCUGACACUAACAUGGAAGAAAUGGACCUUAAUCUGAAGAGAGAAGCGGAAAAUCUUUGUGGUCAAAGAGGCUUGGUUCCCAACACAGAAAUUGAGACAUUUCAAAUAUCCAUCACAAGCAAAGUCAGGGAGCAAUAUGACAAGAUUCAAGAAGCAGUAAAUUUGACCAGAACACCUGGCCACCUAGCGAAUAAUUCUGAGUAUGUUGUGGAACUUAGAAUGAAGGCUUAUAAUAUCACAAAUAGAUUUCUUGAAUCAUUCAUUGAUCACGCUCUUCAAGACAUGGAUUAUAUUGUACAAGAUAAGCUGUUACUAGAAAGAAUAAUUGGGAUGGAACUGCAUGAACCACUGGACAAGACGAUUUUUUAUAAUGAUGAAAACUAUUCAUUCACUGAUGUGCUAUACUAUGGCAAUGAAGGAACACUUCUUAUUUUUGAUACAUUGUUCUUCUGUAUUGUGGAUUUAGCCACUCAGAAUUUUAUUUUUGCUUCCUUUCUAACUUACAUACAACAAAAGGUUUUUCAGUUCAUUCGAAAUGCAAUGGGACGCAAGAACUUGGCUAAGAAAGCAUUGAUUGAUGAAAGGUUCCUUCUCUGA